UCGACACAGUCCAUUGCUCUUCACACCAAAUGGAUAGCGCGCAGACUCCUCGGUCGUCCUGUCGUUGCCAUUCAAAAUGAAAACAAAUCGCAAUUCCCAAUGCCGCUGGCGUUUUUUUCCGAUUGCUCACGGCUGUUCAGGGGAAUAAAGGCCCGUCCAAGGUGACCGUGAUCGAGUGUACAUUAACUUCAGAGGCGGCGGCGGUAAUAAUAAUAAUAAUUGUUCCUGCGCCACUCGCUCGGGUCACUGUCACUCCGAGCCCGGGCCUGCGGCCUCCCGUCGCCGUGGCAACGCCCGCCGGCUCCAGUCAGAGGCGCCCGGGGCCCGGCCGCUCUCGCGAGGGAGAGAUGUGUCAGCAAGAUGGCGGCUGUAGGCUGUGAGCGGCAUCGGUGAGGAGAGAGAGAGAGAGAGACACACACACAGACGCUACUCAACAGACACGUCGACAGAAGUGUGCGAGCGCAGACCCAGCCCGUUGGGGCUGUCCGACGAGUGCUGCCGCCGUCGUUGCUGGCCUGAGAUGAGCCCAGAGAGCGAUCGGGCUGGGUAACCCUCUGCCGAGCUACCUGCUGCCAGCGAGAGGGGAGGAUGAAUCUUCAUCAGGUCCUCACCGGCGCCGUCAAUCCCGGCGACAGCUGUUUCUCAGUGGGCAACGUCGGCGAACAACCAUUCACGGCCUAUGCCUCUGGAUGUGACAUUGUCAUUUUAGCCAGUGAUUUUGAAAGACUUCAAAUUAUCCCUGGGGCCAAACAUGGAAACAUUCAAGUUGGAUGUGUUGAUUGCUCCAUGCAGGAAGGAAAGAUUGCAGCAUCAUAUGGAAAUUUAGUUUGCAUUUUUGAGCCUAUUCCCCUUUUAAAUCGGGAAAGUAAGCAUUCUAGGCUGAAUUAUCAAUGGCAAAAAAGUGGACAGUUUGUAUUGGAGUCAAAGGCGCAUAAUUUAGCAUGGGAUCCUCAAGGAAUCCGUCUUUUGACGGGCUCCAAUUCUUUACAGCUCUGGGCCAACAAAAAUCAAGAGAUGGAUAUAAAUGAAGAGGAAGCUACAGAUGGGACAGAUCCAAAUGAAGUUAACAAUUGGCAAUGCAUCUGGGAAUCUGAAACUGCAACACCCAUCCAUCUAUUAAAGGUGUCUCCAGAUGGUGAAUUUUUUGCCACUGCAGGAAAGGAUGAUUGUCUUGUGAAAGUGUGGUACAAUUCCAGCAGCUGGCAGUCAGCAAUGAUGACACCAAUCACCCCAAUGGACAAAGAGGAAGACGACAUUGAUUUUUCCUUUGUGUAUUUAGCCCAUCCUCGGGCUGUGACAGGAUUCUCUUGGCGGAAGACCAGCAAGUACUUGCCAAGGGGCUCCACAUGUCAUGUCUUGCUGACCUGCUGCAAGGACAAUGUUUGUCGGUUAUGGGCAGAGACAUUACUACCAAGUGAUAGUUUGCUUUCUGGUGAGGGCUACACCCAGUGGUCUGAAUCUGUUACUGCAAGCAGCAACCUCAAAAGAAAUAUUUCCAGUCGGGAAAAGUUGAAUAUUGGACCAUUUCGAAUAGGCAGGAGGAGGUCAUCUGGCCUUGUUGCACAUACUGGGUAUUUACCAAAUCAACUAGAUGCACAUGAACUCCAUAGGAAUGCGCCCCUACAUGCAAAUUCACUUUGUCAUUUUCAUAUAGCAGCCAGUAUUAAUCCAGCAACAGACAUUCCGCUCCUGCCUUCCAUCACUUCAUUAAGUUUAAGUGAAAAUGAAGAAACUAAUGGACCCUUUGUAGUCCAUUGGCUAAAUAAUAAGGAGCUGCAUUUCACCUUGUCAAUGGAAGUCUUUUUGCAGCAGUUGCGAAGAAGUUUGGAGCAGCCGUCUCCAGAGUCUGGAAAUGAGGAAUUUGGACAGAUGGAGAACCAAUCUGAUGAAGACAAAGAUGCUGGGGAAAAAACUUCUUCAGAUGUGAUGAUAGAUCAUAAGAUCGACAUGCUGUUAGCUGAAUGGAACAAAAAUGCAGACAUGCUCUUCAGUAUUCAUCCUAUGGAUGGCUCUUUAUUGGUGUGGCAUGUUGACUGGUUGGAUGAAUAUCAACCUGGGAUGUUUCGACAAGUGCAGAUUUCAUUUGCCUCUCGGAUUCCUGUUGCAUUUCCGACUGGUGAUGCAAACUCUCUCAGCAAGAGCAUAGUUAUGUAUGCCUGCACAAAAAAUGUAGAUAUGGCUAUUCAACAAGGGAAACAGAAGCCACAUGGUCUGACUCAUUCCUCAUCUGGCAUGUUAAUUUCUGCUGGCCAUAAUAAAUCAUCUGGGAAUCUAAAACUGAGUAUCUUCACACCUAAUGUGCUCAUGAUCUCAAAACACGCAGACGGAUCCUUGAAUCAGUGGGCAGUCAGCUUUGCAGAAGAAUCUGUAUUUUCAACAGUCCUUGGUGUAACUCAUAAGUCUCGUUACUGUGGCCAUCGCUUUCAUCUGAAUGACUUGGCUUGCCAUUCAGUUUUACCAUUACUUUUAACUACUUCAUACCACAAUGCGCUACGAACACCGGAUGGCAUGUGCCUUUACAAUGAUGGAUGGAGCUUUGACCCAUUACGAUGUAGCAGUUCGUUGUCAAGUAAUCAGAGGGAAAAUACCACAGCAGCUACCUUCCAGGAUUCUAAUUCGAUAUAUAGUGAACUAAUUUUGUGGCGAGUUGAUCCUGUCGGGCCAUUGUCGUAUUCUGGAGGGGUAUCGGAGUUGGCGAGGAUCAAUUCUCUGCAUGUUUCAGCCUUUUCAAAUGUGGCUUGGCUGCCAACUCUAAUCCCAAGCUACUGUCUAGGUGCAUACUGCAACUCUCCUAGUGCAUGUUUUGUGGCAAGUGAUGGACGGAACUUACGAUUAUAUCAAGCUGUUAUUGAUGCUAAAAAGCUUUUGAGUGAGCUUUCUAAUCCAGAAAUCUCUAGGCUUGUUGGAGAGGUUUUCAGUAUUGUGAGUCAACAGUCCACAGCAAGACCAGGCUGCAUUAUUGAACUGGAUGCUAUCACUGAACUUUACGGGAAAGAAACACAAUUGCUUCAUGUCUUUAAAGAGGAUUUUAUAUUAGUUAAUCAAUCCAUGAAAAGGCAGAAAAAUGAAAAGAGCGGAACAAACAAAACAAGUCCACGGCAGGAAACAGAAAAGCCACAACAUGGAUUUUCCGAAAAAUUCUUUUUGGUAGUGAUUGAGCAUAAACAGAACAGCCAAUCGCUAUUGCAUAUGUGGCAUUUACACCUGAAAUCCGAUCCAAUCUCCAUUGAUCACUCCACUAAGAAUUCUUUGGUGCCUCCAGAGGAACAGAAUGGCCCUUCCUCUGAAAAGAUAUAUUCACCUUUCUUCAAAAAAUAUCAGGCUUGUAAAGCAAAUUUACAAAGCGCCAGUCGACUUGCUCUCAUCUCAACAAGAGUUUAUAGCCGAGAGUUACCUCUGCCAGAAGGUGUUGAAAUUAUUCGAGCCACUCCCUCUGCAGGGCACCUGAGUUCCUCAUCAGUUCACCCAGCAUGUCUUGCUCCGUAUCUUCUGGCAACUUCCUGCACAGAUGGAAAAGUUAGAUUCUGGCGCUGUAGAGUGUCAGCUCUUCCGAUGUCUUCUGCAGCUGGAGAUGGUGUGGAGAAUGAUCUAGUUUAUUCUUGGGAAGAAUGGCCUCUGCUGAUUGAAGAAGGACUUCAGAACAGCAGUGCAGUUACUGUACCAGGAAGGCCUGUGGAUGUUUGCUGUUCAUACACAAACCGGCUGGCUGUGGCUUACAAAAAGUCUUUUCCAGUUCAUGAACAUUCCAGUAAGCACUUCACCAUGCAUGUGGGUAUAUUUGAAUGUGAAUCAACUGGAGCCUCUCAAUGGAUUCAUGAACAAACAAUACACUUGGAUGACUUUAGUCACACAGGUCCAAUUUUGGACCCAAGAAUCAGCAUUGAUAGUAACCUAGUCCUUCAUAAUAAAUAUCGUUUACAUUUCAACAGUGAUUAUCAAAUGACAUUUGAUGCAAAACCUUUGGUUCACUUAGACUGGGUCUCCAAGGAAGACGGAUCACACAUAUUAACUAUUGGAAUUGGAUCUAAACUUCUAAUGUAUGGGCAGGUAUCUGGAAUAAUACAAAAUCAAACAAAGAAAGAAGCACCAGCAGUUUUCUCUUUGUCUUUAUGGGAUAGUGCCAAAGAAGUAUCUCAAUCCAGAUGGAUUCUUCUCAGAAGUUUGGAUUUGGUUUCCUCAGUGGAUGGAUCGUUAUCGCUGCCAGUUUCUCUGUCUUGGGUGCGUGAUGGUAUCUUGGUUGUUGGUAUGGAUUGUGAAAUGCAUGUUUAUUCACAGUGGCAGCCUCCUGACAAAAGUGAUUCAAUGAUAACUGAAGCUGAAAGUGCCAGCAUUCCUUCAAUGGUUAGUCUAGGAAAGUGUGCUAGUACAAAUGGAUCCAACCAAUAUCUCUACAAAAAAAGCCUGGCAAGGUCAAUGACAGGGCUGGCUCAAAAAUUUGGUGGCAGAAAGGUUCCAUUUCAUUGGAAUAUUGAGAUGGAAGACUCUGGCCUUUUUGAAGCUUCUCAUGAUUUAUCUCCCACACUACCACAGUACCACCCGCUGCAGCUUUUGGAGUUAAUGGACUUGGGUAAAAUCAGGCGUGCCAAAGCCAUAUUGUCUCAUUUAGUUAAAUGUAUUGCAGGCGAAGUAAUCACUGUUAGUGAUACUGAAACCAGCCAUGAGCGACGACUCCGAUCUUUGACAAUUAGUGCAAGUGGCAGCACAGCCAGAGAUCCUCUAACUUCAAACAAAAGUGAAAAUCCUGAUUACACAGAAAUCGACUCCAUCCCUCCUCUUCCUCUAUGUGCACUUUUAGCUGCUGAUGAAGACAUUUCUCAUACGACCUUUGAAAAGAAAAUCAAUUGUGCAAAUUUUACAAAGAAAAAUGAAAGGCAUUCAACAGGAAACAACUAUGAUGAACUAUUUGCAAUGUCAAGUGUGGGUGCAGAUGAUCUAAAUAGUUUUGAUGUUGAUGAAGGCAAUAAGCAGAAGGUUAUUGACCUUUCCCAGUAUAGUCUUACCUACUUUGGUCCUGAACAUGCACGAGUACUAUCUAGCCAUUUGCUUCAUUCCAGUCUGCCUGGUCUUACCAGUAUGGAACAGAUGUUUUUGAUGGCACUGGCAGACACUGUGGCCACCAUCAGCACUGACAUUGGAGAAAGCAGAGAGAGAACCCAAGGUGGAGAAACACUUGAUGAAUGUGGCUUAAGAUUUCUUUUAGCAAUGCGGCUACAUACAUUCCUAUUAACAUCACUACCACCUGUUUAUCGAGCACAACUUCUUCGACAAGGUUUAUCUACAUGUCAUUUUGCCUGGGCCUUUCAUUCAGAAGCAGAGGAGGAGCUGCUGAACAUGAUCCCUGCAAUGCAAAGAGGAGAUCCCCACUGGUCAGAGCUCAGAUCAAUGGGAGUGGGGUGGUGGGUGCGCAGCACAGUCAUUCUUCGCAGGUGUAUAGAGAAGGUUGCCAAAGCUGCAUUUCAAAGAAACAAUGAUCCUUUGGAUGGAGCUUUAUUUUAUCUUGCAAUGAAGAAAAAGGCUGUACUCUGGGGCCUAUUCAGGUCCCUUCAAGAUAGAAAAAUGACAGAGUUUUUUGGAAAAAAUUUCAACGAUGAUAGAUGGAGAAAGGCUGCAUUGAAGAAUGCUUUUGCGUUAUUAGGGAAACAGAGAUUUGAACAAGCUGCAGCUUUCUUCCUUUUGGCUGGUUCCCUAAAGGAUGCAAUUGAGGUUUGUCUUGAAAGACUUCACGACAUUCAGUUAGCGCUUGUUAUAGCAAGAUUGUAUGAAUCAGAGUUUGAAGUGUCCUCCACUUACAAGUCUAUACUUAUAGAAAGGAUCCUAGGCUUUGAUAAGAAGAGCAAAGAUUUUAACCUUUCUUUAAGAAAUUCUGAUCCUGUAUUGAGAAGUAUGGCUUCUUGGAUUCUGGAAGAUUACACAAACUCCCUGAAUACACUAUUGGAGCAAGGGACGAGAGACGUCGAUGAUUCUGAUGGAGUAACAGAAUGCAGUAAGUCCGUUUCAUGCAAUCCAGGAGUAUUCAAUUUCUACAAUUAUUUGCGGACCCAUCCUCUUUUAUUGCGAAGAUAUUUUGCUUCUUCAGAGAAGAUGGUAUCACAAAUGGGCUUAACUGUGGAAAGUGGCUUGGCAGAUAAAAUAAGUCUAGCUGAAAGAAGACUAUUCUUUACAACUGCAAAUGCCCAUUUUAAAGCUGGCUGUCCAAUGCUAGCUCUUGAAGUCUUGUCUAAAAUGCCAGUUGUCAACAUGAAGUCAAAGAUUUUACAAAAUAAAGGAAGCUCUUAUCUGACUGUCAUUUCCCCAAUAGAAAAAACUACGUGCACACUUUUGGAUUUUGAUUCAUCUUCACCAACCGUAAAUGGUUUUGGAUCCAAAGCUGCUUUUAAUUGGCUGUCAAAUGGGCAAUCUAGUUCAUCACUUAGUGUUGAUUGGAGUCAAUCCUCACUAGUUGUUGAAGAUCAGCCAUUAGAAUUAAAAUGGGAUAGUGAUAAAGAGGAUGACCAGGAAGAAGUUGGUCUUACAAUGAAAGAGAUACAUUCACCUUGUUCCAGCAUUACGGAGAUACAAGAGAAACAUUGCUGCAAUGCAAAUUUCACCAGUUCAUCUGAAGAAUUUUUAAGUCCUUCAGAAGAUGUUAUAGCAGCACAACUAAAAUUUGGAGCAUGUUUGAAAAUACUCACAUCGGAGCUGCGUACUCUCUCUACCGGUUACGAGGUAGAUGGUGGAAAACUCCGCUAUCAGUUGAACAAAUGGCUCGAGAGGGAAAUUAUGGCCCUACAGAAAACGUGCAAUUACAAUGUUGCGGAAGACAGAAAAGAUAAUUCUGAAGGUCUCUGGGAUGAAUUACCCAAUGAAGAGCAGAUGGAAAAUGGAGUCAUUGACCAACAAAGGACAUUACACCACCAAGAGUAUUUGCAAAGAAGGCGGCUGUGGCUUUUCCAAAACCAGCCGCUUCUAAGGAUGUUCCUUAGUUAUUGUAGUCUUCAUGGAUCACACGGUGGAGGUUUGGCAUCAGUCAGAAUGGAGUUGAUUCUUCUUUUGCAAGAAUCUCAGCAGGAGCAUUCAUUGGAACAGACUACUAGUCCUUUGCUACAACUGGCAUCAAUCCCUCUCCUGUUCGCCUGUACUGCAAGUGCUAAAAUUGUAGUGGCGAAUCCCAGACUCCAUCUGAGCAACCUAACUCAUGAUAUUGUGCAUACCAUCGUGGAAUUUGAUUCACCUCCACAUCCAGACAUCAGAAAUAACCAGAUCCAUGUAUUGCACACUAUUGCUGCUUCGCUGUCGGCAUGCCUCUACCAGUGUCUGUGUGAUGGCCACAGUAACGGUUCUUUGUAUGCAAACCAAUUCACUGGAAUGGUCUAUCAGAGUUUUCUGUUUACACAGCAACGAUCAAACAGAGCAGCGAGUUUAGAUUGCUCAGUGACUCCCAAUACAUCUCCUGACCAAUGGCCAGGAAUAAAGGAACUGAUUCAGCUCUUAAAUUCAGCUGGAGAUGAAGACAAGCCCAAAUUAACAGUUCUACUUUGUGAGGUGUUGACAGCAAUUUAUCUUAGCCUUUUUGUUCAUGGUUUGGGAACUCAUUCCAGUAAUGAGCUCUUCCGUAUCGUGACUCAUCCUCUUAACAGUAACAUGUGGGCUGCAAUUUUUGGUGGAGGUGCACAUGUACCUGCAACGGACCAAAUCCAGGCCACAGCUACGACAGUAGAAGCGUUAGAAGAGUUAUCUGAUCCAGAGCUGCAGAUUGAUCCCUACCAUUUCAGUAUGUCUGAGGCUGAAGUAGUUAAGGUUACUGGUGAGGUUGCUCCCACUGAUGAGAACUAUGACAGCCAUUUUAUGAGCAUAACGUCAAGACCAAUGAUCAGAGAUUCUGAAACAGCCUCUCCCAACCAUGCUUCUCCUGAUGUAAACCAGAAGAUUCCUGUUUAUAAAGAGAAUUUUAUCCCACCAGAGCUUAGUAUCUGGGAUUACUUUAUUGCAAAGCCCUUCCUUGCCCCGUCACAGAGCAAAGAUGAAUAUGAUUCGGACGAAAGCCAAGAUAGUGACGAUGAAGAUGAUGCAUUUUCUUCAGACGUACAGCUUCAAGAGCAUUCAAAUCCUAAUUCUUUCAGCUGGUCACUGAUGCGAUAUGCUAUGGUGCAGUUGGUGCUGCAUAAAUUAAAGAACUUUUACCCAAUGGCAGGCCUGCAUCUUUCAGAACUCCCGGUUUGUUCUCCUUCUUGUCAUGCAAUUUUAAAGACACUUCAGCGCUGGGAACAGGUACUACUUCGACGACUUGAGUUAUUUGGUGGUCCACCUCCAGACUUCAUCUCAAUGCAUGCCAAUGAAGGCACUAUAUCUUCAGGUCCUGCCCUUCUCAUCCAUAAAGUGUUACUAGAACCGACAAAUACGCCGUUCAAGUCAAAACACCAUACUGCACUUCCAGUUAAAAGACUUUGGCAGUAUCUUGUGAAACAGGAAGAGGUGCAAGAGACUUUCAUUAGAAAUAUUUUCACCAAAAAAAGAUGUCCAAAUGAGUCAGUAGACAACUCCAAUGAAAAAGUCAGAAAUUCUAUGACGGAGGAACCUAGCAUCAACAAGGUGGAAACAGAUGCUGGUUAUCCUGGUGGUAGAGCGAGGAUUGUUCACAAAGAAUCGGACAUCAUUACAGCAUUCGCAAUAAAUAAGGCUAAUCGGAAUUGCGUUGCGAUCGCCACCAGCCAUGAUAUCCAAGAGCUGGAUGUUUCUGCAAUCUUGGCGACCCAGAUUUAUGCUUGGAUUGAAGAUGAAUUUGAACAGGAUUCAAAAGGGUAUGAAAAAUCAGAUGAAUUCCUGGUGGUUCAUGCGAGAGAGGAUUUUGGUGAUUUGCAGUGCAGCACUCCAUAUACCCCCAGUGUUCCUGGCAUCCCUAUAAACAUGCCAUGGUUAGGCAGCACACAGACUGGAAGAGGAGCAUCUGUGAUGAUAAAGAGGAAUAUGAAUAAUGCCAGGAGAAUGGCUUCACAUCCAACACUACCUUACUAUCUGACUGGUGCUCAAGAUGGCAGUGUUCGGAUGUUUGAAUGGGGCCACUCACAUCAACUAGCAUGCUUUCGACCUUCUGGUAAUUCUAGAAUAACAAGAAUCCGAUUUAAUCAUCAGGGUAACAAGUUUGGCAUUGUAGAUGGAGAUGGAUAUCUGAGCUUCUGGCAAACAAAUCCAAUUGCUUUAGGAGCCACUCCAAAACCUUAUUUGACUUGGCAGUGCCAUAACAAAACAGCAAAUGAUUUUGUUUUUGUUAGUUCCUCUACUUUAAUAGCUACGGCAGGGCAGUCUAGUGAUAACAGGAAUAUCUGCCUCUGGGAUACACUUGUGCCACAAAGUAAUAGUCUCAUUCACGCAUUCACAUGUCAUGAAAGUGGAGCUACUGUGUUGGCAUAUGCAUCAAAGCAGCAGCUUUUAUUAUCUGGUGGAAGAAAAGGUUUCAUCUGUAUACUCGAUCUACGCCAGCGACAAUUACGUCAGACGUUUCAGGCUCACGAUUCGCCUAUUAAAGCGAUUGCUGUGGAUCCAACAGAGGAAUACUUCAUUACAGGGUCUGCUGAGGGUAACAUGAAGAUUUGGAGUUUGUCCACUCUCAACCCGAUUCAUACAUUCUCAAAUGAGCAUGCUCGACAGUCGCUCUUCAGAAACAUAGGAACAGGAGUCAUGCAAAUAGAGACUGGUCCGGCAAAUCAUAUAUUCUCCUGUGGAGCUGAUGGGACAAUGAAAAUGAGGAUCCUGCCAGAUCGCUUUAGCACAGGAAGUGGAAAAUUGGAUAUCUGGCAAAAUGAUGUAAAAUUUAUACUAUAACAAUAUAAAUGAACAAUUUAUAUUAUUAUAGUGAUACUAUCAGCACAAUCCGUUGUAACUUAAAUCUACCAAAAUAUUUGUUUAUUAAGAGUGAAACAAACACUGGUGCCACACAUAGGAUAGGUGUUGGGCUAAAGUGUUGGGGGGGGGGGGGGAGUGCUUAUUCAUUUUUAAUUAAUGCACUGAUGCCUUAAGAAGAUUGGACACUUAAGGACUUUGUUAAUAGUUGGAAGGAGGAAUUGAAUCUAAAUGUGUCAAAAUAUGAGAAUGAAGUGAUUUUCUUGUAAAACAUGGUAAAAUAUAUUUGCUGCUAUAAAGCUUUUUGUUGAAACUGGUUGCUGAUAUUUUUGAAGUGUCAAAAUGUACAGUGCUUUAAGAAGUCAAAGUAUAAGAUAUAAUAAUUAUCUUUUUUAUGCUUGUAUUAAAAGUUUAUAUAUGAUAUAAAGUUAUCAUUUGAAUUGUGACCAUUCCUUAUUUUUAGCUGUAGGAAGUCCCUGAAAUACAAGCUAUAAAUAGAUUUUGCUUAUCUUCAUAUGGGAGAAUGCAACUGGUGCUCCAUACUGGCAAGGGAGAGGGGGGAAACAAAUCUUGUACAGCAUUGUACUGUAAAAUGAAAGGUACAUUUGUAAAAAAGAACAUUUGUGUUGUGCUGGAGCUAGAAAUUAUCUACUGAAAUUUAAAUAUUCCUUACAACACAACUAUUAUAUUUAAAUUAUUUUCUAUCUAUGUGCAAAGUACAUACGCCGAGAGGGCAUCAAAUAAAUCUCUCCUUUCACUGCUGCUUUGCAUGAGCUCACCAAUGGAUAUGUUGCAGUUGAGCUAGGGUUGCUUGGCAUCUGAAAUUACCAAGAUUAGUAACUCGUGAUGUGGGGCAAUCAUGGGCACAACUGCAUCCUACUAUCUAGUUUUGCAAUGUGUUGAUCCGACUGUAAAUGCUUUUAAAUGUUUCAGCCUACACCAUGUGAAUAAAACUCCAUUUUAAAUGCAGUUGGGAAUGGUGAGAAAACUCCUAACCACUGCACCUAAACAGUAACAUUCUGAAGGUUUUAUCUCAAGAAGCAUGCUAAGGUGGGCAAGAUUUAUGAUGUCUAGAGCUCAAAGUUUAAAAAAAUUGUAUCUUUUUUAUAAUCAAAUGUUUAAAUGCAGUACUUAAUGGAAAAUAAGCCAAAACCAGAAUAAAGGCUGCAGCCUUCCUUUCUAUAAACCAGAAAAGUAAAAGUUGCGUAUUUAUUAUCUGAUUGUUAAUUAUCUUAUGAAAUGAAGAUUAAAUGCUGAUAACUUUAAGGAGUUACUAUUUCUUUAAGAUAAAUCUUAAGCCAAUAGUCAUCAGAUUUUUGUAUUUACCCUUGCAUAUACUACCAUUCACUAUGAUCAGCCUUGUUUUUUGAAUGCAAAAGGCACUUUUUUUUAGAUGUUUCUCAUCCCAUGCUACAAAUCCAUUAGCAGAGAAAGCAGGGUGACAUGUUUUUUCUCGACUCGGAUCAUUCAUGCACCACUAAAACAUAGGUGUAGGGAAGCUGCCCAGUAUUAAUUGAACAUUCUCUCUCCACGUAAGUAUUCCCAGAUUGUACUGAUGGAGCUGAUUGGAAUCAGGUCUUCAGUACAACAUCUUCAGCAAAUUAUUUAUUACUUUGGUUUUUAAAAGGUAAUUAGGACCAAGAAAGGCAACGUUAUAGUACUUUUUUCCCUAUUCGAUGUCUUUUAAGGAUAAAUAUAUUUCUAGGCCAACCUAAUUUGUUAGAAUUAGGAAAUUGCACAACUACUGUAUAAUCAAACAGCAACCAAAUUAUUACUAAAUCCAUAUAUCAAAUAUGCAGCAGUACAUAGAACCUUGUACAGUUGGAAAUUUCUCUUGUGUUCAGGAACACAGAAUUAAUUAAAAGACAUUGUAAAAAGUAACUAUUACUAUUUCAUGUCUAAUCAAUAGUGGGAAUAGCUAUCUGUAAGUAAAGAUUAUAACAUUCACCUUGGUGAAUGGCAAUAUUUUUUGUGGAGCCGGUAGCCUGGGUAUAGAUCAGAAAAUGUAUAGCUUGGAAAAUGGUUUUUGCAUAGGGUUCAUUUUUUUAAUGUUUAAUUGACAAAUGCAACAGUUGUAGUUAGUAUAAAUGUAAUCUUAGCUGAUCAGUUUAAUGAGAUUUAUUAAUUUCAUUGGUUACAUAAAUCUGUGUUUGUGGUUAGCAAAAAAAGUAUUCUGUUCAGACAUUUACAUUUUUAUCCAUAUUGAAUGGCUUAUUUAGAAACCUUGUUAUUUUUUUGUUAUAAACUCAGGAUAUAUCAUCUUUAGAAGUGUUUUAGUACAAUUAAAAUUGUAAAAGUGAAACUUAGUUUACCUGUCAGAUAACUUUAUUUACUAGAAAAUAGAAAAGAAACAGAUCUUGAUCAUUUUAAUUGUGCAAUGAGAAAUACUAAUUUUAUUAAAACAACAUUUAUGAAAACUUUGGAAAUCUGAAGAAACAAUUUGUUCUUUUGCAUUUAUAUGAAAUAUUAUGUAAUAAUUGAUUUGAAAGAAAGUACAGCACAAGUUAAUCAUAAUCAGGUAAUUCCUGAAGUACAAGAAUCUCCGGGAUGAACACAUUUUACAAGUAAAAAUUAACCUUUUGCUUUGAAACAAAUCGAAAGAGAAGUCUGUAAUCCCAAGUAACAUUACUGGUGUCUGACUUCUUGCCUUGUCAGAAGCUGCUUUACUGAAUUCUCUUUAAAAAUGUCAAUCUUGUAUUUAAAAUUCAUAAUUGUUUCAAUAAAAUAGCAAUGAGAAUCAA